UUAAAGCGAGGAGGAGGCAAGAGUGGCCGCCGCUGCUUCUUAAUUCUUUUUUAGUGCAGCCGGAAAGAGCGGGAGUGCGCGCCGCGCGAGAGUGGGAGGCGAGGGGGGCAGGCCAGGGAGAGGCACCGGAGCCUUUGCAGGCACGCGCGCGCCGCCUCCGUCUUGUGUGCUUCGCGAGGUAGAGCGGGCGCGCGGCAGCGGAGGGGAUUACUUUUGCUGCUAGUUUUCGGUUCGCGGCGGCGGCGGGUGUAGUCUCGGCGGCGGCGGCGGCGGCGGCAGUAGCACGAUGUCGGAGGAGCAGUUCGGCGGGGACGGGGCGGCGGCGGCGGAGGCGGCAACGGCGGCGGUAGGCGGCUCGGCGGGCGAGCAGGAGGGAGCCAUGGUGGCGGCGGCGCAGGGGGCAGCGGCGGCGGCGGGAAGCGGAUCUGGGACCGGGGGCGGAAUAGUAGCCUCGUUCCCGCUCUCGCCCGCCGUCCGGGUCCCUCUGCAGCCUCCGUGCACCGGUCUCCCCUUCUCCCCGUUGGGCUCCCCGGGGCCCUCGUUUCCUCCUUCCCCUGCCGCCGCCGCCCCCUCCCCCAUCACACACGUUUCCACCUUUAGCCGUCACCAUGCCGCUCGCCGGCCCGCCCUCCUUUCCUCCCUCGUCUCCGGGCAUAAACACGCCGCGGCACAAAAAGUCGUCCUUCCCGGGUUACUACGGUCCGCUCGGUGCUGCUCCCGGCAGCCCGAGUCGCUGCGAUUGUUUGUAAGCACACGCUUUGGGGGCGUGCGGACUGCCCACCUGCGCUGCUCCCGCGUCGGCUUCCGGGCCGACUUUUGCCUAGUCUGUGGAGUAAAGUUUCGCCUUGGGGUUUGCUCGCUUUCUCCACCGAACGCUGUCGCGCACCAUUCAAACUCCUCCCCACGACACACUGAAGCAGCGGCGGCACAGCGGGAAGAAUGGAAAAUGUUUAUAGGAGGCCUUAGCUGGGACACUACAAAGAAGGAUCUGAAGGACUACUUUUCCAAAUUUGGUGAAGUUGUAGACUGCACUCUGAAGUUAGAUCCUAUCACAGGGCGAUCAAGGGGUUUUGGCUUUGUGCUAUUUAAAGAGUCGGAGAGUGUAGAUAAGGUCAUGGAUCAGAAAGAACAUAAAUUGAAUGGGAAGGUGAUUGAUCCUAAAAGGGCCAAAGCCAUGAAAACAAAAGAACCUGUUAAAAAAAUUUUUGUUGGUGGACUUUCUCCAGAUACACCUGAAGAGAAAAUAAGAGAGUACUUUGGUGGUUUUGGUGAGGUGGAAUCCAUAGAGCUCCCCAUGGACAACAAGACCAAUAAGAGGCGUGGAUUCUGUUUUAUUACCUUUAAAGAAGAAGAACCAGUGAAGAAGAUAAUGGAAAAGAAAUACCAUAAUGUUGGUCUUAGUAAAUGUGAAAUAAAAGUAGCUAUGUCAAAGGAACAGUAUCAGCAACAGCAACAGUGGGGAUCUAGAGGAGGAUUUGCAGGAAGAGCUCGUGGAAGAGGUGGUGGCCCCAGUCAAAACUGGAACCAGGGAUAUAGUAACUAUUGGAAUCAAGGCUAUGGCAACUAUGGAUAUAACAGCCAAGGUUACGGUGGUUAUGGAGGAUAUGACUACACUGGUUACAACAACUACUAUGGAUAUGGUGAUUAUAGCAACCAGCAGAGUGGUUAUGGGAAAGUAUCCAGGCGAGGUGGUCAUCAAAAUAGCUACAAACCAUACUAAAUUAUUCCAUUUGCAACUUACCCCAACAGGUGGUGAAGCAGUAUUUUCCAAUUUGAAGAUUUCAUUUGAAGGUGGCUCCUGCCACCUGCUAAUAGCAGUUCAAACUAAAUUUUUUGUAUCAAGUCCCCGAAUGGAAGUAUGACGUUGGGUCCCUCUGAAGUUUAAUUCUGAGUUCUCAUUAAAAGAAAUUUGCUUUCAUUGUUUUAUUUCUUAAUUGCUAUGCUUCAAAAUCAAUUUGUUUUAUUCCCUCCCCCCCCAGUAUUGUAGAGCAAGUCUUGUGUUAAAAGCCCAGUGUGACAGUGUCAUGAUGUAGUAGUGUCUUACUGGUUUUUUAAUAAAUCCUUUUGUAUAAAAA